AUGUGGCUCAUUACCUCCGCCAAGGAGUGUAUAUCUACAUUAAUUACGUCAUGCCAUUGUUUUGUGUUUUUCUUGGCAGUUGUUGUAAUGAUGUGCAUGCUGGGAACAGCUCUUGCUCAGACCUAUUCAUGGGACGCACCCGGUGAGAAGCCUGACGAUCGCACAGACAAUGCCUGCACACUGGACACCGGCUCGUGCAGCUGUUGUGUGAUGGUGAGGGAGCUCCACAGCCUCUCCAUGCGCUUCAACGACACCAUAGACCAGCUGGAGUCCAACCUGACCAAAGUUCAGGCUGCUGUCAAUCACUUGCGAAAAAGCCAGAUCACCUUCUCCACGGCCCUGACUAAUAUGCGCCGCUGUGUGGGACCCUACCGCACCGACACCAUUGUCAUGUACAAGGUGCUCUUAACGAACUUGGGCAGCGCCUACGACGACUCCACGGGCGUGUUCACCGCGACCUGCUCCGGCGUCUACUUCUUCUCUGUGACCGCCUUCAGCGACGCGGGUUCUCCCGGCGCCGGGCUGUCGGUCUGCGUCAAGCUGCUGCGUAACGGGAUGCCCCAAGUCUCCUUGACGGAGCAGAACAACGAGGACCAGGAGGAUAGCAUCAGCGCGUCGCUGCUGCUGAGCCUGCGUGCUGGAGACGAGGUGUCCGUGCAGCUGCCCGCUGGAUGCUUCCUGUGCGAUGACGAGAACCACUACAACACCUUCACCGGGUACCUGGUCUACGCCACCGACUGA